ACACGCAUAAUCCAUCGCCCCGGUUUAUGUCCGAUUACACUUUUCCGAGAACCAAACGCACUUCACAGUACAGAAAAGAAAUUCUAACCUCCUCCUGUAAUAAUCUCACUUAGCUCAAUGGGACAUCCUUCUCCUCUGUCCAUACACACUUAACUUAGGAAGGACAUUAUCAAUCGUAAUUUCUAAUCGGAAUCCACCGGAAAUGGACAAAGAAACCGAGCUCCUAUCGCGCCUCGCCGCGAACCACCUUCAUUUGUCUCAAUUCGAGCCACUGCGAGCUACUCUGUUAGCUCUCCGAUCUAAAAACCCUGACCUAGCCCUCGCAAUUCUCCAAACCGUAGUUACCAAUUCUGGCCGCUUCGAGAACAUCCUCUGGUCACCAUCCUGCCCAUCGCCUUCUCUCCUCACCUAUCUAGCCACCAUAGAGCUCUUGCAAUACAGUAACUCCACGUCGCAGACAUGGAGCUUCGAUCCUGGUACCUUGCGAUUGCGCGCUGAGUUCCUGUUAUUGGUUCAAGUGAUCAGCGACAUGGUGACGGAGAACAUGCGAAAGAAUGUUGACUUGGAGAGCAUUGAAAGGGAGAAGGAGAAUGAUGAUGAUUUUAGUGAGAAAGAGAGAAUUGGGGGGCGAGAGGAGUUGUUGGGUAGAACUAGAAGCGAGGAUUUGAAGGACGUGGGCGGCGAAUUGGGGGGUUGCUUGCAGGUUUUGGAUAAGGUUUUGGAUUUGGGGGUGAAGAGAUUGAAGCCAGAUGUUGGUCCUGAUGCGAAUGGUGCCGUUAAGGAGGAGCAAGGGAGCGAGAGAAGGGCGGAAUCUGCUGUUUGUUCCGUUGAGGAAGGGGAAAUAAUGUGUUUGAAGAGGGUAGUUUUAGAUCACUCUGAUGUUUUUGAAGCACUGUGCUGGAAUAUAGAGCAACAAUUGAAGGUGGAUGAGGUUGAGAAUUCAGGUUUAGCUAUAACUGUGAGGACGGACGAGAAAGCGAGUACGGAUUUUUUGGAGGGGGAAGAGGAGGUGAAGGUGCUUUCUCUGAUUCAAAGAAGCGUUCAGUUAGCACAUUUAGAUGCGAUGAAAGAGUGCAUGGAGGCAGGAGAUGAACAAGGAUCCUUUUCUCACAUUCGUUAUCUUCACCUUGAUCGUGGUGUGGACCAGGCUGAAUAUCGCACGGUUUUGCAAGAUCUCCUUUCGAGGGUGUUGUCAAGAAGGAAAGGAUAUGAAGUCUCUUGGCAUGUCAUACAAGAAAAGUUGCUAUGUAUUUAUGGAGAGGCUCUUUCAUCGAAUUGUAGACAAAUUGUUGAAAUAAUUCAGGUUAUCCAGGAUGACUUGCUAAGUCAAGAGAUUGAGACCUCCCGGGCACUUGACAACAACCAAAUUCCACCCCCUUUAGAGCGCUUUCAAAGUUAUCUAACUGAAAUGAAAGUGGAUUUGGAUUUAAAUGAUCCAGUUUCAUCAUUGAAUGUUGUAGUCAGUUUUUGCAUGAGAGACAUGUACCAUUAUGCUCGUGUCUCUGGCUUACAUGUCCUUGAAUGUGUCAUGGAUGUGGCACUCUCAUUUGUCAAGAGGGAGCAGCUUCAAGAGGCUAGCAAUGUCCUUAUGUUAUUUCCACGACUUAGACCUCUGGUAGCUCUGAUGGGUUGGGAUCUGUUAUCUGGUAAGACCGCAGCUAGAAGGAAACUACUGCAACUUCUCUGGACCUGUAGUAAGUCCCAAGUAUUUCGGUUGGAAGAAUCUUCACUAUACAGUAGUCAAGUGGAUGAGAUAUCUUGUGUGGAACAUCUGUGCAAUUCAUUGUGUUAUCAGCUUGAUCUUGCCUCUUUUGUUGCUUGUGUCAAUUCUGGUCGAUCAUGGAAUUCAAAAUCCUCACUGUUGUUGUCUGGGAACCAGCAAAUAGUGUCUGGAAAUGAAGAUAAUCAAUCAGCACCUUUUGUUGAAAACUUUGUGCUGGAAAGGCUUUCUGUUCAGAGUCCACUUCGGGUGCUUUUUGAUGUUGUUCCAGUCAUAAAAUUUCAGGAUGCUAUUGAAUUAAUUAGCAUGCAGCCGAUUGCUUCUACUGCAGCAGCCUGGAAAAGGAUGCAAGACAUUGAACUUAUGCAUAUGCGCUAUGCCCUGGAAUCUAUUGUUAUUGCACUUGGAGUAAUGGAAAGGUCUAUGACUGAUGAAAGAGGGAGUCAUUAUCAAGCAGCAUUAUGCCAUUUGAAAGAUCUGAGGAACCACUUGGAGGCUAUUACAAAUAUUCCUCGAAAGAUAUUGAUGGUGAAUGUUAUAAUUUCGCUUUUACAUAUGGAUGGUAUCUCUCUCAAUUUGAUGCAUUGUGCCUCACUAGGGAGCAAUUCUGAAUCACCCUCUACAUGUCAAUGGGAGCAUACCAAUGUCACUACUUGUGAAGGGGGAAACGAACUAGUUAUUUCUUUCACAGGAUUGUUACUUGAUAUCUUGCGUCGCAAUCUUCCACUAGGUGUCAUUGAUGAGCAUGCACUAAAUGAUACCAUGAAUACAGGGGGAAGACAGGCAUUAGAGUGGAGAAUAUCUAUUGCUAAACAUUUCAUUGAAGAUUGGCAAUGGCGGUUGUCAAUUUUGCAGCGUCUUCUACCAUUAUCGGAUCGCCAAUGGAGAUGGAAGGAGGCAUUGACUGUUUUACGUGCGGCCCCAUCCAAGCUUCUUAACCUUUGCAUGCAAAGGGCAAAAUAUGAUAUUGGCGAAGAAGCAGUUCAUCGAUUUUCAUUAUCUGCAGAAGAUAGAGCUACCCUGGAAUUGGCUGAAUGGGUUGAUGGUGCUUUCAGAAGAGCAUCUGAAUCCAGAUUGGUAGAAGAUGCAGUAUCUCGUGCUGCUGAUGGCACUUCAUCUGGGCAAGACCUAGAUUUUUCUUCUUUGCGUUCACAGUUGGGUCCUUUGGCUGCAAUUCUUCUAUGUAUUGAUGUUGCUGCAACUUGUGCGAGAUCGACAAAUGUGUCGCAACAACUUCUGGAUCAGGCUCAAGUCAUGUUAUCUGAGAUCUAUCCUGGAGGUUCUCCAAAGACAGGCUCGACCUACUGGGAUCAGAUCCAUGAAGUGGGAGUUAUUUCUGUGUCUCGACGUGUACUCAAGCGUUUGCAUGAGUUGUUGGAACAAGAUGAAAAUCCGGGCCUCCAAGCAAUUCUGUCUGGGGAGAUUAUUAUUUCAACAUCAAAGGAGUUGACUCAUCAGGGGCAAAAGGAUCGUGCCCUUGCUAUGCUACACCAGAUGAUUGAAGAUGCUCACAAGGGCAAGAGGCAAUUUCUCAGUGGUAAGAUUCAUAAUCUUGCAAGAGCUAUUGCUGAUGAAGAAGCAGAGUUGAAUUUUAUAAAAGGUGAUCACCAACACGUGGAACGGAAACCUUUGGCUGAUCUUGACAAGGAUGGGGUUCUUGGGCUUGGGUUAAAAGCUGUCAAACAUAUGACCAUAAGUUCAGGUGGUGGAGAAAGUAGCACACAGCCUGUUGGCUAUGAUUUAAAGGAUGCUGGUAGUGGGAAGAGAUUUUUUGGUUCAUUAAGUGCCAAGCCUACUACAUAUCUAUCACAAUUCAUUCUCCAUAUUGCGGCAAUUGGAGACAUAGUUGAUGGGACUGAUACAACCCACGAUUUCAACUUUUUCUCUCUUGUUUUUGAGUGGCCUAAAGAUCUUCUAACUCGUCUGGUCUUUGACCGAGGCAGCACUGAUGCAGCUAGUAAGGUAGCUGAGAUCAUGUGUGCAGAUUUUGUUCAUGAAGUUAUAUCAGCAUGUGUACCACCUGUUUAUCCACCACGAUCUGGUCGUGGAUGGGCAUGCAUUCCUGUCAUUCCUGCUUACCCAAAAAGUUGCUCGGAUAAUAAAUUACUUUCCGCAUCCUUUAAAGAAGCUAAGCCUAAUUGCUAUAGUUGCCCAUCAGUAACUCCUGGAGUCCCUCUGUACCCUCUGCAGUUGGAUGUUGUAAAACAUUUGGUUAAACUAUCCCCUGUGAGGGCUGUGUUAGCAUGUGUUUUUGGGAGUGGUAUCUUAAAUAGCAGUAGUGACUCCGCUAUAUCUAGUUCCUUGGAUGAUGGAUUAUUGCCAGCACCUGACAGUGACAGACUAUUUUAUGAGUUUGCUCUUGAUCAGUCUGAAAGGUUCCCUACUUUGAACCGAUGGAUACAAAUGCAAACUAACCGACAUCGAGUUUCAGAAGUUGCUGUAACAUCUAAGCAUAAGACUAAUAAGGAUGACGUUAAAAAUGACACAAGAACUGCCAUCAAGAGACUUCGUGAGCAUGAUAAUAGUGAUACUGAGUUGGAAAUUGAUGACAUCGUCAGUGGCAGUAAUCUUUCAGCCGCUUUGCCAGACCUCAGCAUUGAAGGUGGUGCCGCUCCUGGUCCACAGCAGGAUUCCUCAAAAUCUGAUUAUGUUGAAAGUGAUACUACAGUAUAUCUUUCAUUGGAUUGGGAAAAUGAAGAACCUUAUGAGAAAGCAGUAGAGAGAUUGAUUGGUGAAGGGAAACUGAUGGAUGCUCUUGCACUUUCGGAUCGUUUUUUGCGUGAUGGAGCCUCAGAUUUGUUACUCCAACUGCUCAUUGAACGUGGAGAAGAAAACCUUCCAAUGUCUGGACAGCCUCAAAGUUAUGGAGGCCAAAGCAUCUGGAGCAAUAGCUGGCAGUAUUGCCUGCGUUUGAAGAAUAAACAAUUGGCAGCUAGACUUGCCCUCAAGUAUAUGCACAGGUGGGAACUUGAUGCUGCUCUAGAUGUACUCACAAUGUGUAGCUGCCACCUUCCUGAGAAUGAUGCAGUUAGGAAUGAGGUAUUGCACACAAGACAAGCUUUGCAGAGGUACAGCCAUAUAUUGAGUGCUGAUGAUCAUUAUAGUAGCUGGCAAGAGGUUGAAGCAGAGUGUAAGGUAGAUCCUGAAGGAUUAGCACUUAGAUUGGCUGGGAAAGGAGCUGUUUCUGCAGCUCUGGAAGUGGCUGAGAGUUCAGGGCUAUCAAUAGCUUUGCGAAGAGAACUUCAGGGUCGACAACUUGUGAAGCUUCUCACUGCAGACCCUCUUAAUGGUGGAGGUCCUGCAGAAGCUUCACGCUUUCUUUCUUCAUUACGUGAUUCUGAUGAUGCUUUACCAGUUGCAAUGGGUGCAAUGCAGCUAUUACCAAAUCUGCGGUCAAAGCAACUUCUUGUUCACUUCUUCCUUAAACGAAGAGAUGGGAAUCUGUCAGAUGUUGAGGUUGUGCGGCUUAAUUCAUGGGCUUUAGGACUUCGUGUUCUUGCUGCCUUGCCAUUGCCAUGGCAGCAAAGAUGCUCUUCCUUGCAUGAGCACCCACAUCUAAUACUGGAGGUUCUACUGAUGAGAAAACAGUUGCAAUCUGCUGCUCUGAUCCUUAAAGAAUUUCCAUCGCUCAGAGACAAUAGUGUCAUUGUUUCAUAUGCCACUAAAGCAAUUGCUGUGAGUAUAAGUUCUCCCCCAAGAGAACCGCGGAUUUCUGUAUCUGGAACAAGACCAAAACCAAAAACAAAAACAGGUGUGCCUGCAAGGUCAUCUUUUAGUAGCAGCUUAAGUAACUUGCACAAAGAAGCUCGCAGAGCUUUUUCUUGGACUCCACGGAAUACUGGAGAUAAGAAUACUCCAAAAGAUGUAUAUCGUAAGCGAAAAAGUUCUGGGUUGCCACCAUCUGAAAGAGUUGCUUGGGAGGCAAUGGCUGGAAUUCAAGAGGAUCGGGUUGCAUCGUAUUCUGCAGAUGGACAGGAAAGACUCCCUUCUGUUUCUAUUGCUGAGGAAUGGAUGCUAACUGGUGAUGCUAGUAAAGAUGAGGCUGUUCGUGCUGCACACCGAUAUGAAAGUGCUCCAGAUAUUAUACUUUUUAAGGCUCUACUUUCAUUGUCUUCUGAUGAGUUGGUGUCGGCCAAAAGUGCUCUGGACUUGUGCAUGAAUCAGAUGAAGAAUGUGUUGAACUCACACCAGUUACCUGCGAAUGCAUCCAUGGAAACAAUUGGUCGGGCAUAUCAUGCUACUGAGACAUUUGUACAGGGGCUAUUUUAUUCUAAAUCCUUGUUGAGGAAGCUUGUUGGGGGGAAUGACUUGUCUAGUAAUUCUGAAAGAAGUAAGGAUGCGGAUGAUGCAUCUUCAGAUGCUGGUAGCUCUAGCAUGGGUAGUCAGUCCACAGAUGAGGUCUCUGAAAUCUUGUCACUGGCAGACACUUGGCUUGGACGUGCUGAGUUGCUUCAAAGCCUAUUGGGAUCUGGAAUUGCGGCUUCUCUUGAUGAUAUUGCUGAUAAAGAGUCAUCUGCCCAUCUCCGUGAUAGGUUGAUUCUUGAUGAACAGUACAGUAUGGCUGUAUACACCUGCAGGAAGUGUAAGAUUGAUGUUUUCCCUGUGUGGAAUGCAUGGGGACAUGCUUUGAAUAGGAUGGAGCACUAUGCUCAAGCUCGUGUAAAGUUCAAGCAAGCUCUUCAAUUUUACAAGGGGGACCCAGCACCUGUAAUUCUAGAGAUCAUUAAUACAAUUGAAGGGGGUCCACCAGUAGAUGUGUCUGAUGUUCGUUCUAUGUAUGAACAUUUGGCUAGAAGUGCUCCAACAAUAUUGGAUGAUUCACUUUCUGCUGAUUCAUAUCUCAAUGUUCUGUACAUGCCAUCUACAUUUCCACGUUCAGAAAGAUCCAGGCGUUUCCAAGAAUCUAUAUCCAAUAAUUCAGCAUAUAACACUGACUUUGAAGAUGGACCUCGCAGCAAUCUGGAUAGUAUUCGCUAUCUUGAGUGUGUUAAUUACUUACAAGAAUAUGCUCGUCAGCAUUUGCUUGGAUUUAUGUUCAGGCAUGGUCGCUAUACUGAUGCCUGCAUAUUGUUCUUUCCUCCUAAUGCUAUUUCGCCACCUCCUCAACCUUCGGCAAUGGGAGCAGUAGCUUCAUCUUCAUCACCUCAAAGACCAGAUCCUUUAGCUACUGAUUAUGGGACUAUUGAUGAUUUAUGUGACUUGUGUAUUGGUUAUGGUGCAAUGUCUGUUCUUGAGGAAGUGAUUUCGACGAGAAUGGCAUCUGCAAAACAGGAGGAUGUAGCAGUAAUUCAGCAUGUUACUACUGCCCUUGCUCGUAUUUGCAGCUACUGUGAAACUCAUAAGCAUUUCAACUAUUUAUACAAGUUUCAGGUAAUCAAGAAGGACUUUGUUGCUGCUGGACUUUGCUGUAUUCAGUUGUUUAUGAAUUCUUCUUCCCAAGAGGAAGCUGUUCAACACUUGGAACAUGCAAAGAUGCAUUUUGAUGAAGGAUUAUCUGCUCGAUAUAAAGGUGGGGAAUCUACUAAGCUUGUCACGAAGGGUGUGAGGGGAAAAAGUGCCUCCGAGAAGCUCACUGAAGAAGGACUUGUCAAGUUUUCUGCUCGAGUAUCAAUCCAGCUGGAAGUUGUGAAAUCCUCAAAUAAUCCAGAUGGGCCACAGUGGAAACUUUCACUUUUUGGUAAUCCAAAUGAUCCUGAAACCUUCAGGAGGAGGUGUGAGAUUGCAGAGAAGCUAGUCGAGAAGAACUUUGAUUUGGCUUUCCAAGUAAUUUAUGAAUUUAAUCUUCCAGCUGUUGAUAUAUAUGCUGGUGUUGCUGCAUCACUAGCUGAGAGAAAAAAAGGCAGCCAGUUGACAGAGUUUUUUAGAAACAUAAAAGGAACCAUAGAUGAUGAUGAUUGGGAUCAGGUCUUGGGGGCUGCAAUAAAUGUAUAUGCAAAUAAACACAAAGAACGGCCUGACCGUCUCAUCGACAUGUUAACCAGCAGUCAUAGGAAGGUGUUAGCCUGUGUUGUCUGUGGUCGUCUGAAAAGUGCGUUUCAGAUAGCUUCUCGAAGUGGAAGUGUUGCAGAUGUUCAAUAUGUAGCUCAUCAGGCAUUGCAUGCAAAUGCACUACCGGUGCUCGAUAUGUGUAAACAAUGGUUGGCACAAUAUAUGUAAUUUGUUGCUCAAUGAAAGAAACGCAAUUCACGUUAAUCCCGGUGGUUAUGAUUGAUUUGGAGAAAUUCACAACCCUUAAAGGAUGAUAAAAGCCAAAUUCCAGUAUUGCGCUAGCCGCUAGGACAUCAUGAUCAUCACAUAUACCAGUAAAGAUUGAGAUGGAAGGAGUAUUUAGAAUUUCGUUCUUAAUCUAUUUCCUGAUAUCUUAUAUGCUUCCGGCAGUUGAACUAGCUGAGCUGCAUCUGCAUUUGUAAUGGUAAGCAAGCUCAGAGGAUACGCAGAGAAAAAAUCGUCACAAGGCUUGCCAAAAUUUACAUUUGAACUGAUCAAGAUUCUGCGAAGAAAUCAUGUAUGAAAAAAAUAUAUAUAUAACUUGUAAACCUUCUCAAUAGAAGAUUCGACAGCAAGUCGACUGGAUGGCUUGGUCCCAUGUGCUUUAAUUUUAUUUAUUUAUUUAUUUAUUUUUGGGUUUAGGGGGAGGGGAGAGGUUGAAGCUGGUAGCAUGGGAAUUUUUGGAUGUAACAUGUGUAGUCCAGCAAAGAGCUUGAUUUGAACAAUUUUUCAUUGUAGAUGUUGUAUUUGUAAUAGAUGAGUGUCAUAGUGAAAGUUGGUGUGUGCAUUGGUGGUAUCAAACUUGUUUUGUUGUUCUUCCUGCGCGCAGGCCCAAAGGCCUUGUUUGUUGGUGC